GGCGUGUCUGACUGGGGGGUGGUUCUCUCUGAGAUUGAUUGAUCUUGGACGAAUGGACUUGAAGUAGAGCUUCCGAUUAACCAAUAAAAUCGUGGAUUUCAUUUUGCCCCGCCCUUUUCAAGUAAAGUGGACGGCGGCAGCAUGCGGCUGUUGUCAGUUUUCUGCAGAGAGUUACCAGGCUUUGGGGUGCAAAGCGAAAAGUAGUUUAUAAGUUUGUAGGACAGCAGUUAGGAAGUGGUAUUGUAGUCUCACCGUUACUACACUGGCUGCAUGAUGUAGGAGGAACGGGCCCUGACCCAUUUUAACACUAAUCCGGACAUUUCUUUUCCGGAACGAAACAUCUUAAAACCGUAGUUAUCGCCACAAAAGAAACCGGCUAGUUAGCAUAGCUUCUAUUAACUGCUAAUGUGGAAAAGACGGUUGUUAUUGGUGCAGGAAACUUAAUGCACGUACCUAACAAAGUGCAUUUUGGGUGGUUGACACAGGGAGACGUAUAAUAUAUUUAAAUCCCAGGCAGUCAAAAAUAUAUAUUUUUUAGAAAUUUGUGAGCCGGCUGUGGAAUAGGUUGUUUGCAGGCACCUCUACCAAGGAUGUCGUGCCGAGCUGGGAUGGUCCGGGGCGGCAGUUCGGCUCUGCAGCCGCUGAGAGCCACCGUGCACUUCCAGCUUCGGAGCGGGACGCAGCUGCGCAUCCGAGAUGCCGGGCCAGCUGAGAAGACCAAGUCACGCCCGCCAAAGCCCAGCAUUCGACGGACCCUGUCCCUUGACACCCUGAUUAUGCCAUACCUUCAGGGCCACUGGCCAAAGGAACCCGACUACAGCAGCUCCUGUGUGAAUGACAAGGCCACGCAGACGCCCAGCUCCUGGUCGGAGGAAUGCCGGGGUCGGAGAGGAGGUGGUGGACACAAGCGCUCUGCGUCGUGGGGCAGUGCAGAGCACCUCAGGGAGAUCUCAAACCUCAAACACCAGCUGCAGAAGCGAUCCAAGCGUGCCUCCAGGGGGGGUCCUGAUAGGGAUCACCACCAGCUGCACUCUGCCAGGGGCCCUGUACCAGGGGCCACACAGAUUUCCCCCCACCUACCCCUCAGCCGGAUCACCCCCCGCCUCCGCCACAGCGUCGAGGGUCUCAACCUGGAGCUGGAGGGGGUCUUUGUGUCAGAGGAGCCCGAAGAUCAGCGCUCUGUUCUAGACGUUCCCGAUGGACGCAGGGCACCCAUGCCUAUGCAGAGAUGCAGCAGUGGGUCUCAGAGCGACCCUUCCCCCUCCCCCCACCUCCUGGGAGAUACUCCAUUGUGCCCAUCGCCUUCGCCACCCCCAGUGGGCACGGGCUCGCCCCCCUUCCUUCAUCCCAAAAAGACCUACGCGUUCCAGAGGGAGCCGCCCGAGGGCUGUGAGAGAGUGACAGUCUGCGAGGAGGCCCCGUCUCCUGCUGUUGCCCAGCUGUUCCUCCACUCGUGUCCCGACCCCAACAAAGUGAACUUCACGCCCCACAGGGGCUCGGCAUUCUGCCGCGUCAGCCUCCUGAAGCCCCUGCUGCCCUCUGUGGACCUCCUGUUCCGCGGCCUGUCCGUAUCGCCCGUCGCGAGCCGGGCCCCAGCCGACCCCGGAGUGGCCGGAAGCGUGGGCACCUUCCCCGACCCUGCUUGCACCACUGCCGUGUGACCCAGGAGGAGCCCCCCCCCCCCCCCCGGGAGGGAGUAUCCAAUGAAUGUGUUCAUGGGAAUGCAGCCAGCAAGGGGUCAGCAGCAUUGGAUCAGCACAGUGCAAUGCCUGGAAGGGCCAAAGGUCAGCUUGGGAUCGGCUCCUGCAGAUGCAUCAUGGAAAAAAGUAACAAGACUCAGUUACAACAUAGCUGUUGCUGUGCCAGGUUCUGAAGCAGCCCACCAUGCCUUCUGCGUACUAAAGGUGCUCAACAGCUUACGGUAUCAUAUCAUAUCAAAUCAACAGCAGAGAAUGUAUCCCAUUUCUGAUACCCACGUGUCUUAAUUGGUGGCUUGGCGAGAAACGAGAGAGUUCUCCAUUUGUCCCUUGUUUUUUGGAAAUGCGUGCUUUGUUUAUGGCGGAGGAUUUUCACUUCUUGGAUUUUUCAUUUCAGUCUGUUCCUGGCUGGUUACUCAAAUCUAUCCCCUGUAGAGCUGCCACUAAAGUGGGAAUAUUUCUUGCCUGUAAAACCCAGUCGCCUUACACUACUAUAUAAGUGAAUAUGCGCAGUAGGGAGGGAUGGAGGAUGUUCCUAGCUGCUUCUUCGUAGCGCGUUUACAGGCUCCUACGUGGGACUGAAUGUGUCCUUCAGAAGAAACUCAUGCCUGAAGGCAUGUGGAUGAGAUGUUGGAUUUCCUCAGGCUUCCUGACCCCUCACUGCUGGUCCCCAGUCAGUGUGUUUGCUGGUCGGCCUGCUAGUGGAUUUUUUUCUAGAUGAUAAAAAUCUUUCCUGUGUUGAACUUAUGAUGGUUGACAGUUCACGGUUUUAAACAUUUAAAUGAUGGUUGGGCACAAUAUUUUAUAUAGCAGGUGCCUUUCUGUUUAGUUGGAUGUAUAUUGCCUAAUCACAUUUGAUCCGUAGCUGAUUUGACUGAAGAUGGAAUUUGUCAUAAUCUAAAGGUUAAACAUUGACUGAAUGUCAUGUCAUCUGAUAGAGAAGUGGCAUGACCAGUCCAAACACUUUUAAGUGUCACAAAGCUUGUAGUGAGUUUUUUUCUUCUUUAACCUGUUCAACCAGCCUCGCAGCUUAACCCACAGAAACUGACUUAUGUGUGCUUUCUUCCAUUAUGUAAUGCUGAAUACUCUUUUUGUGUGUGUGUGUGUGUGUGUGUGUGUGUGUGUGUGUGUGUGUGUGUUUUUGUUUUGGUAGGUUAUACAGUGGAUGAGAGCACCGCUGGUUCUAAUGUUAAACGAUAGCUUUAAGUAUUAAAAAAAAAAAAACGAAUACAGAAUUGUAUUGAACAUGAUUUUUCUAAGUUUUCUUAAGAAUGAUUGAUAGGGAAAUGAACACAACACAGCUUGAGUUCACGGAGAACUAAUGUCAUAUACCCUACAAAGAUGUUUUGUUUACGGGCGGAUUAAUUUACUUGCAUUAAAUUAUACUGCCACCACA